CGGUUGCCUGGUGUCACCAGCGAGCCGCAAGUAUGGCGGCGGCGCGCGCCGACGGGACUUUGCCUCCGGGAGAAGGAUCAGUAGUCAAUUGGUCAGGCCAAGGACUACAGAAAUUAGGUCCAAACUUACCCUGUGAAGCUGAUGUACACACUCUGAUUCUGGAUAAAAAUCAGAUUAUUAAAUUGGAAAACCUAGAGAAAUGCAAACAAUUAAUACAGUUGUCAGUGGCUAAUAAUCGCCUGGUUCGGAUGAUGGGAGUGGCCAAACUGACUCAACUCCGAGUAUUAAAUUUACCUCACAACAGCAUUGGCUAUGUGGAAGGUCUAAAGGAACUAGUACAUUUGGAAUGGCUGAAUUUGGCAGGAAAUAAUAUUAAGGCCAUGGAGCAGAUGAAUAGCUGCACAGCUCUUCAGCACCUUGAUUUGUCAGACAAUAACAUACCCCAGAUAGGUGACUUAUCUAAAUUGAGAUCCCUGAAGACACUGCUUUUACAUGGAAACAUCAUCACCUCUCUUAGAAUGGCACCUGCUUAUCUACCCAGAAGUCUUGCUAUACUUUCUUUGGCAGAAAAUGAAAUUCGGGACUUAAAUGAGAUCUCUUAUUUGGCAUCCCUUACUGAAUUGGAGCAGUUGUCAAUUAUGAACAAUCCUUGUGUGAUGGCAACACCUUCCAUUCCAGGGUUUGACUACCGGCCAUAUAUUGUCAGCUGGUGUUUAAAUCUCAGAGUCCUUGAUGGAUAUGUGAUUUCUCAGAAGGAAAGUUUGAAAGCUGAGUGGCUCUAUAGUCAAGGGAAAGGGCGAGCCUAUCGGCCUGGCCAGCACAUUCAGCUUGUCCAGUAUCUGGCUACAGUUUGUCCUCUUACUUCUACAUUGGGCCUGCAAACUGCAGAAGAUGCCAAACUAGAGAAGAUUCUGAGUAAACAGAGGUUUCACCAGAGACAGUUGAUGAACCAAAGCCAAAAUGAAGAGUUUGCUCCUAUUGAACUAAGGGCACCCCUGUCACCUGAGCAUUCAAGCCCUGUUCAAGAUUGCCAGUUAGCCCAGGAAAAUGAACCUGUCAUCCAAGUCAACUCUUGGGUUGGAUUAAGCAGUAAUGAUGAUCAGUUAUAUGCUGUUCUGAAUAACUUUCCAGCCUCUGCAAAUACUACAAGAUAUUCUCGAAAUGACCUGCACCUAGAAGAUAUACAGACGGAUGAGGACAAGUUAAACUGUAGUCUUCUUUCUUCAGAGUCUACGUUCAUGCCAGUUGCAUCAGGACUGUCCCCAGUGUCACCCACCGUGGAACUGAGGCUGCAGGGCAUUCACUUGAGCCUGGAAGAUGAUGGUGUUGCACAAGAAUCGAUGAAAGGGCUAGAAAAUCAGGACAUGAAUAAGGAAGAGUUAAAGACUUUAUGGGGUACAAGUGAGAGUUCUGUUCAAAUUUUGAAAAGUAAGGUCUGUACAGAAGUCAGUGAGAAAGCUGGGCUAAUACCUUGCCACGAGGCAAUGAUAGUCAGUGCAGUCUUGAAGGAUGUUAACCAUAGUCUUACAUCUCUUCCUGAACCAGCUAGUCACAGUGUGUUGCAUGCAGAACCACAUAGUGACGAAACGAUGUCUCAGAUUACUUUAGGGGAACUUCCCUGCAGAAUUUUAACCAAGGCAUCUGUUGCUUUGGGACAAGACAGCAUUGCCCUUCAGAAAUUGAAUGAAGCAGCCACCAAACUUCAGGCCUGUUGGCGAGGGUUUUAUGCCAGGAACUACAACCCUCAAGCCAAAGAGGUGCGUUAUGAAAUCCGACUGCGCAGAAUGCAGGAGCACAUUGUCUGCUUAACUGAUGAAGUACGGAGACUAAGAAAGGAAAGAGAUGAAGAACGUGUUCAAAAAUUUGUACAAGAGGAGGCUAUGAGAUUCCUUUGGAACCAGGUAAGAUCUUUACAAGCUUGGCAGGAGACAGUAAAUCAGCGCCUGAUUUCCUGGAAUAAGGAUGUUCCUCCUAUAUCGAGUACUCUGGUGCCAUCUGAACCUCCACUAUUCACACAAAGUCAGGACCUCUCUUUUGAACAAAAUUCUGAUUGGUUCAUUGCUCAGGACCAAGUUCCUCAAGAAAAAUCCUUACCUGAAUUUCCAGAUUCUGGUUUUCAUUCUUCCCUAACAGAACAAGUUCAGUGUUUGCAAGAUUCUUUGGAUUUUGAAAACAAUUCUACAGAAGAUAGUGAAAGUUCCAUAAUGGGGAAUUCCAUUGACACAGUGAAAUAUGGCAAAGAGCCAGAUUUAGAGGAUGUUAGUGAAGAACAUGGUGAUUGGAGUAGGGAAAGCUCCCACACUGAGCAAGAUAAUAAUCUGCUUGAACAAUAUUUAACUUCAGUUCAACAGCUUGAAGAUGCCGAGGAGAGGACAAAUUUUAAUGAAGGAUCAGGAGAUAGUAAGCUUCAUAUAUCUGGUUCCCCAGACAAGUUAGAUGCCUUGUCUGACAGUGCUUCUGUAGAGGAGACCCAAAAUGUAUUUCCCACUUCACAAGAUGAAAUCAGCCAGGCACCAGAGAAUUGUAAAUUAAAUGCAGAAGUUCAGGGGCAGCAGUCAGAAUGUGAUUCCACAUUUCAGAUAUUGCAUGUUGGUAUUACUGUAUAAUAUAUCAGGCUUUUGGGAAAUAGAAAUGGAUGUAAUUUUUUUUAAAGAAUAUUUUCAUUUGCCUUUCUGCUUUUUAAAGGGGGAUACUACUUCCCUAUUUUGUUACUAUUUAUAUAAAAUUGAUAUUCUUGUAUCAUAUUUUUCAGAUUCUAGAUAUUGAGUUGUUUUCAUUUUGAUUUUGCUAGCUUUUU